AUAUUAACAACGCUUGAAGAAUCGGUCGUAUUUGCUACGGCCAUGGAAGUGUCACAUCACAUCACAUGGAAUAAGAAGUGCCACUUCUCCUCACGAUAUAACUACUAAACUGCCCAAGUCAAGAAUGUCAGGACUGACUCAGUCCGUUGUACCGUGGCUUUUCAAGUUGAGUUAAAGUUUAGUUAAUUUGCUCGAUGGGGAAACUCCCGUCCCGAUUAUUAUAGUACGAACCGCAUAAUUUAUUGUCACGAAGUUAGCUAAUGUACUAAACCUUAAGAAAACGACAUAUAUUCACACACACGCAAACGAGCUUGAUAGCUUCUUGGUCAUCUUCGAAGAUUCAUCUCACAAAGCACCAGAGGUUGUCCCAUAGCUAUCUCCUCUUCGCUUUCUUGAAGAUGAAGGCAAGUUUGAUUAAUUGCAAUUUGAACAUCACUGUCAGGGUGCUUCUUAGCUAAGUCAUCUUUAUUCAUCUACCAUUUAUUUUAUUCCAUUCCUGCAGCAAAAGAUAGUGAUCAAACUGUGCAUGGACUGUGAAAAAGCAAGAUCAAAGGCCAUGAAGAUUGCUGCCGAUGCUAAUGGCGUGACCUCGGUGGCGGUAGAAAUAGACAAGAACCAGCUGGUGGUGACCGGGGAGGGAGUCGAUAUAGCUUGCUUGACGAGGGCGCUGAGGAAGAAGGUCGCUCCUGCCUCCAUUGUCAGUGUCGCGGAAGUCAAGCCUGAAGAUAAGAAAAAAAAAGAAGAUAAGAAAAAAGAAGAAGAAGAGAAGAAGAAGCUGCUUUGUUGUACGCAGAAGCAAUUUUGUUGUACGCAGAAACAACUUUGUUGUGCUCAGUACCCUGCGUGCAGUGUGGUUUACGAUCAAGACCCACCUCUUUGUACCAUCAUGUGAGAGAGGCCAUCCAUAACAAUUUGAGCCUGCUAAAUUGUGAGAUCUUGAUCUAAGUUCGACAUGACAGUGGUGGCUUCAAUCUUUGAUGCAGCCAAUUGACCAAGAAUUCCGCAUGAAGUUUGUUGUUUCGGUGAUCCCAUCUGAGAAUGUACGGAGACAGGUUGAUAAGAGUUAAUCAAUUCUUCUUCUUCUUUC